AUGGCUGCGUGGUCGUGCUGCGGGGUCACGCGAGGACAGCACGGCCUGACCCUGCCUCCCGGGAACCCAUCGAGCGCGCGCCCCGGGGAGCUGGAGAGGGGCGCGCUGCGGAGCCCGGGCUUGGACCGUGAGGUGGGAGCCCGGGAUCUGCACGGGGGCGCCUCGCAGCAGCGGCGAGCCCGGAUGGCACGGCUUCUCUCUGGAACCCCCACUGGGCCCCCCUCCGUGGAGCAGGAAACCUCGGUCCCCUGCAAUCUCUCGGAGGACUUGAAAAACCUGACCCUCGAGGAACUGAAAGUCAAGUUCCUGGGGCCACAGCAGUACCACCACUUCGUGCCCAUCUGUGUCACCUACCUGCUGAUCUUCGCCGUGGGCGUGGUGGGCAACGCGCUGACCUGCGCGGUCAUCCUGCGCCACAAGACCAUGCGCACCCCCACCAACUACUACCUCUUCAGCCUGGCCGUGUCCGACCUGCUGCUGCUGUUGGCAGGGCUGCCCAUGGAGCUCUACGAGCUGUGGCAGAACUACCCCUACCUGCUGGGCGUCGGCGGCUGCUACUUACGCACGCAGCUCUUCGAGAUCGGCUUCCUGGCCUCGGUGCUCAACGUCACGGCGCUGAGCGUGGAGCGGUACGUGGCCGUGGUGCACCCGCUGCGGGCCCGGAGCCUGGUGACGGGGGCCCACGUGCGCCGCGUGCUGGCAGCCAUCUGGAUCCUGGCCACGCUCUCGGCCGUGCCCAACACCAGUCUGCAAGAGGUCAAGGAGCUGGAGGUGGACUGCUGGGGGCUGGUGCCCGACACGUCCUCGUGCACCGUGGCCGAGUCCCAGAAGGACCUCUACAACCUGGUGGUGCAGGUGACCACGCUGCUCUUCUUCUUCCUGCCCAUGGGGGUCAUCAGCGUGCUCUACCUGCUCAUCGGGCGUCAGUUGCAGCGGGAGCGGCUGCUGGCGCCCGGGCAGGGGGCGGGGCCCGACGACAGCUCCAAGAGGUCAUCCCUGAAGGAGCGCGGGCGGACCCAGGUCACCAAGAUGCUGUUUGUGCUGGUCGUGUUGUUUGCCGUCUGCUGGGCCCCAUUCCACACCGAGCGCCUGCUGUGGAGUUUUGUGACCGACUGGACUCCCGACUCCAAGGAAGCCUACGAGUAUGUGCACAUCUUCUCAGGCGUCCUGCUCUACGUCGGCUCGGCCGCCAACCCCGUGCUCUACAGUCUCAUGUCCACCCGCUUCCGGGAGACCUUCCAGGAUGUCCUCUGCCUGGGCUCCACCUGCCGGGCGGCCCCUGGCCAUGGCCACAGCAUCAGCCGAGUGGCCACGGGUACCACCCUGUUUGAGCUGGGCUCCACAGGCGGCAAGGGCCACCCUCUGGCCGAGAACGGGGACCCGCAGCAGAAUGAACCCCUGCCCAGUGGGCCUGGGUCUGCUUCCCUCAGCACCGCAGGGGGCCCCAGUGGCAUUGCGACGCCUUCUCCACCUGACCCUGUUGGUGGGCCCUCUCGCUUCCGCCUGGGGACGGACUAG